AUGCCGACAGAUUUUGCACUCGAUGGGGCCGCCGAUCUUCCCAGUCGGGCCGCAGUUGCCGCUAUCAUCAGUGCAUGGGAGUCCUGCCAGCACUUUGCAGUCAAGGAGGCCGAAUUGAAAGCAGAAGCAAAGGUCCUUGGGGUCACGCGCCCAGUGACACAAACUGAUCGCAUGGCGAUGAAGGUCUCAUACGAGAAGACGUAUGGCACUAUCGAGGACUCCGUUGAACCGUCGGAUGACUAUCUAUCUAGCAAACUCGAAGAGCUCGAGUCUCACGAGCCUUGCGCAUCACAGCUAUCAGAGGUGACCAGUAAGAAGAACGCCCGCACGAUGGGCGUUCAAACUUCCGUGGACACAUCCGGCCACGUUCGCAUAGUCAAAAGCAAGCAGAAAGGCAAUCUGCCACAGGGCACCGAAGAACUUCGUCAAGUCCUCAAGGUGGAAGGAAACACAUGGUGCUACUUGGCAGCGAAAUUCAGGAAUCGUGAAAUGCUGCGCGACAUGACCCCAAGAGUUUGGGAGGACUACACCAAUUUCCUUCUGGGCGAGCGCUGCUUCCUCAUGAAGAUCCACGGGGGCGGAGUCAAAGGCAUGGAGGGCUCCAUGCUUCGGCCACCGUGGCACAUUCUUCUCAGUUUCGAGUACGAGCUACGGAAGGAGGCCAUCAAGAAGGCCCAUCAUGAUAACCGCCCACUCAAGGACACCCUUGCAGAGGUCGUCAAGGACCCAGAGCUCAAAGAACGAUUUUUCACAAGCCCCAUUGCGUUGCAACCGAGAAUGUUGGAGACCGGGUGGAAGCGCGCUUGGCCGGGCAAGGGUAAAGACUCAAAGGGCAGCACAUGGCCUUCCGAUGUUCCCCUGCCUACUAACUGGAAGUGGUCCCGCAAGGACGGGAAGGGCAAGCAGGCCAAGGGCAAGCCGUCCAAAGGCAAGGGCGACAAGGCAGGCAAGAGUAACAAUGGCCUCGUGGACCGCACGCCGGAUGGCCGCGAAAUUUGCUUUGCGUUCAAUGCGCAGGGCUGCGAUGGCACUUGCGGCAGAAUCCACAUUUGCAGAGUGCGCGGCUGCGGUGAGGCACACGCAAUGUGGGAGCAUUUCCAACGGCUCUCGCUCAAAGGGCAAGCCAGACAAUGUGACAUCCAUGACGCCCUCAAUCAAAUUUGCACGCAGAUGGGAUGGCAUUUGGUCAUCCAAGAAUUUGACACUCUGCGCGGGGCGGAGUUCGACCUUAGCUCAUCCUCAGUCUGGGCUGACCUGCUCACUCAAGUCGAGGCCGGGCCGCUGCGCACCAAGGCAUACAUGCGUGGUUUUCCGUGGCUCCGCAAUGCUGACAAGGCAGCUGUGGACCUUGCCAACUUCUUCGUCGACCAGUGUGUCAGGCUUGCCAAGCUUCAAUGUGCGGUAGGCGGGUUCUUCCUUCCCGAACAGCUAGGCAAGGUCCACACUAUCGAGAUCCCAGGCUCAAUUUGGGACUUCCCAGAGUUGCGAGAGUUGGUGGAGCAGACGUCUUCCGCAACCUGGCCCAUUCAUCAAUGCUUCUUCGGCGCAGAAUCGCCCAAGCCAACACGCCUGGCAAGCAACCUGCCAGGUGCCAUUAGGUUCGGUCAAUGCUGGCCCAUGCUUGAUUCAGAAGGCUCAUACAUGGGCCCGUUGGGCCACUGCCCUCAUCACCACACAGAACCCCUGUUAGGGCAGUCAGCAACUGGCUGGAAAACAAGUAGUUCUGCAGCAUACCCAGCUUUGUUUUGCACUUUCCUUGCUCGCCUGAUCUUCUCUGCAACAGCUGCUCUGCGCCAGGUUGCACAUGGCAUGGACUCCCUGCAUUACCACCCGGCCGAGGCCUUGGCGGAAGCCAUUCUUCAUUCAGGCCACCUGCCCCUAAAGGAAGAUGUCUUGGCAUGUUUUGAGCUGCUGCCUCGCACUAGGGCACACAAAGCCACAGGCCACCAGGAAGAGGGUUCUGCAUUCUUCGCUGGCGCGAACUGGGAAGCAGCCGGCCUCGUGCUUCGGCAGAACUCAUUUAUCUUUCCCAUGUCUUGCACACUCAUCUGCAAGUUUAUCCGCCACUUGGAUAAAGCCCACGAGUUUGCAGCUUUCGUGAUCAUGCAGAACGUGUGCAGUUCACCCCGCCGGGAUAUGCGCAACAGCUGGAAACCAAAUCUGGUGGCAGCAGUGUCUGACUUCGAGCAAGGCGGGAUUUGGCACGAGUCCCCAGGCGGCUCCGACUGGCGAGAAAUUGAGGGCCAGUGGCGUCGAGGAGAGGUCAUCUCCCUCCAGCCAAGGUCUCCGCCAGGACACACUUUCAUUCCACAGAGCUGUGGCAGGGCAACCGAUGCAUUAUCAUUGCCUACCUCCCAGAGCAGCUGGAGCAUCUUUCAUCGUCUGAUGCUGCCCAUUUGCUGGGCCUAG